AUCAGUCGAUGGGUGUACUCCACUGCAAUAGCAAUUAGCCAACCUAACCUUCUAGCGGGUCUUGUGCUCCUCCUCCAUCUCCACCUUCUUUUCGGGUUCUUAAGACUACCUCCCCCCCACCCAAGACCACUUCAACGGUGGCAAACACACUUAUCUGAAGUGCACCCGCCAGAAAAUAUAAAUUCUCGACCAUCCCACAGACCAGGAUUCAGUCGGUGCUCAAUGCUCGCGAUGUACGGAACUUGUAGCUGUCUUCUGGGUGGGAUUCUCCUCCUGCAAUUGCUCAGAAGUGGGCAGGCUUUGGAUAAUGGUCUAGCACGAACGCCACCCAUGGGUUGGAUGUCCUGGGAGCGCUUCCGUUGUAUCACAGAUUGUGAGCUUUACCCCAACGAGUGCAUCAGUGAGAAACUAUUCUCACGCCAUGCUGACCUUCUGGUUUCCGAAGGCUAUGCCGCUGCUGGCUACGAAUAUGUUAUUAUUGAUGACUGCUGGUUGGAGAAAGAUCGGGAUAAUAAGACCCAGAAACUAGUGGCUGACAAGAAACGCUUCCCCAGCGGAUUAAAUGCCCUAGCGGAUCACAUCCACGACUUAGGUCUCAAGUUUGGUCUGUACCAGGACUAUGGAACCAACACCUGUGCUGGCUAUCCAGGAGUAAUCAAUCACAUGAAGCUGGAUGCCCAGACUUUCGCCGACUGGGACGUGGAUUACGUCAAGCUGGAUGGUUGUUAUGCCAACAUCAGCGACAUGGCCGUAGGAUACCCGGAGUUUGGACGUCUUUUAAAUGAAACGGGCAGGCCAAUGGUCUACUCCUGCAGUUGGCCAGCUUAUCAGGAGCCAGCUGGAGAGAUGCCCGACUACGAGUCUCUUAAAAAACACUGCAAUUUGUGGCGCAACUGGGACGACAUUGAUGAUUCCCUGGAGUCGCUGAUGCAGAUAAUGGACUACUUUGGCAAGAACCAGGACAGGAUUCAACCGCAAGCUGGACCGGGUCAUUGGAACGAUCCGGAUAUGCUUCUGCUGGGAAACUACGGACUCAGCUACGACCAGAGCAAGUUGCAGAUGGCCAUUUGGGCAAUCAUGGCAGCUCCCCUAAUCAUGUCCAACGACUUGGAGGCAGUUCGUCCCGAGAUCAAGGCUAUUCUACAGAAUCGAGCCGUCAUUGCUGUGGAUCAGGAUGAACUGGGCAUCCAGGGGCGUCGGAUCUUGACUCGGAAUCAAAUAGAAGUCUGGCAGCGAAAAAUCACUCCGGUGACCAAAAACGGAUACCACUCCUAUGCCGUGGCCUUUGUCAGUCGUCGGGAUGAUGGAGCUCCUUACAGAAUUACCUUUACCAUCAAGGAACUCGGCUUGAAGAAUCCCAAUGGCUAUGCGGUCCAGGAUCUGUAUGACUCCAGCAGGAACCUGGGUGUCUUCAAGAAGAGCAACCAGUUCGUCACACGCGUCAAUCCCAAUGGCGUAACUUUCUACAAGUUUACGGCGCAGUAAACGAAAAUUAUGCAAAUCAGCUUCUGCCAUCACUUCGAAUACGCUCUUUAAUACUAUUUUCACGAUGCCUAAUUCCAAUUUUAAUAAAUCAUAAACGACUGAUAUGUA